AGCAACACAAUUGCUUACAGAAAGUUUGUAUCGUAUUUCCCUUAUAUCGUAUAAACUUUUGCUUCUUUCUUAUUACCUCACAACAAAAACUAGUUUCUCAACCAUUUUACCAAACAAUGUGAAGUCUCAACUCAACACAAAAAAAUCAAAGUGGGCGAAUGCAAACGAAGUAACCAAAGAAAAAAAAAACUCGUGGUCUCAAACUAAAUUCAAGCACCAACGAAAAUGUUGUUCUUGUUGUAGUUUCAAACCUGUAAACACUCCCACAGACCCACACUACCUUCUUCCCCUCAAUUUCUCCGCCACUUUUCUCUGUCCUCUACUCCGUCUUUCUACCAUCAUCGAGUUCCAAUGGCUGCAAUUCGAUCACUGGGUGCUCUGACAUCUUUCUCCACCGCUACUUCGAUUGAUUCCAAGAAAAUUCGUGGGAAAAAAGUUGGCAUUGUGGUGGUAAGAUCUGACCUCCGUGGAAAAUGUGGUUCGAUGUCGGGCCGUUGCCGGACCGGGAAUCUGGUUACACAAGCUGUUGCUAGUCCAGCUGCUCCUGCCUCUUCAAAAACUGGGCAUGAGGUCUUGCUCUUCGAAGCACUGCGUGAAGGUCUUGAUGAGGAAAUGGAGAGAGAUGCCAAUGUAUGUGUCAUGGGCGAAGAUGUGGGUCACUAUGGUGGAUCUUAUAAGGUAACUAAAGGAUUGGCCCCAAAAUACGGUGAUCUUAGAGUUCUUGACACACCAAUUGCUGAAAAUUCCUUCACGGGAAUGGCCAUCGGAGCUGCCAUGACUGGUCUAAGGCCUGUUAUUGAGGGAAUGAAUAUGGGAUUCCUUUUGUUGGCAUUCAACCAAAUCUCGAACAACUGUGGCAUGCUGCAUUACACAUCUGGUGGCCAAUUUACCAUCCCUGUGGUCAUCCGUGGGCCUGGUGGUGUUGGACGGCAGCUCGGGGCUGAGCAUUCACAACGUCUCGAGUCCUACUUCCAGUCAAUUCCUGGUAUUCAAAUGGUUGCAUGCUCUACCCCUUACAAUGCCAAAGGAUUGAUGAAAGCCGCAAUUAGGAGUGAGAACCCUGUUAUUCUUUUUGAGCAUGUUCUUCUUUACAAUCUCAAGGAGAAGAUUCCCGAUGAAGAAUAUGUUCUAUCAUUGGAAGAAGCAGAGAUGGUAAGGCCUGGAGAGCAUAUUACAAUAUUAACCUAUUCCCGCAUGAGAUACCAUGUCAUGCAGGCGGCCAAGACAUUGGUCAACAAAGGAUAUGAUCCUGAGGUGAUUGAUAUCCGCUCUUUAAAACCCUUUGAUUUGCACACAAUUGGGAAUUCCAUUAAGAAGACUCACAGAGUGCUGAUUGUGGAAGAGUGCAUGAGAACAGGUGGGAUUGGUGCCAGUUUGACAGCGGCUAUUAACGAGAACUUCCAUGAUUAUUUGGAUGCCCCAGUCGUAUGUUUGUCAUCUCAAGAUGUACCUACUCCCUAUGCUGGGACUUUGGAAGAAUGGACUGUGGUUCAACCUGCUCAAAUAGUUACUGCAGUUGAGCAGUUGUGCAGGUAGGGAAUCAUUAAGUGGACCCUCUGAAUAUUACUACUUUUCUUUUGCCGUUGGAAAUUUUAUGUAUUUUAGUAGUUAGCAAAUUCAUGUCUUCAAAUAUUGCUGAUAAAGCUAGUUGAGUCCAGUUGCUCGUUGAUUACGUUUACAGCUUUGCUGUCUGCCAAUGAAGAACUUCUACUUA